GUGUGUGGGCAUGUGUGGGUGUCAAUGGGGAGAGUGUGUGUAUGUGUGCCCAGGUGCCAGAGUACGGGCUGAGAGAAUUCAGCACCAGGACAUUAUAGCUGAAGGAGAGUGGACAGAGCCCUCUGAGGGGGCCCUGACAACUAUGGAGCAAACGCAUUGAGGGCCCCCCCGCCCCAGAGAGACAAAAAAGACAGACAAACGGACAGAAACACAAAAAAGGGGAAGGUAUCACACAAUAAUGGUGUCAGAAGAGGUUGUAAUCACCUUGUCCGGUGGAGCACCAUGGGGCUUUCGUCUCCAGGGGGGCGUGGAGCACCAGAAACCACUUCAGGUGGCCAAGGUGCGUAAGCGCAGUAAGGCGUGCAGAGCAGGACUGCGGGAGGGUGAUGAGCUGGUGUCCAUCAACGACCAGCCAUGUGGAGGUCUGUCCCACGCCCAGGCCAUGACCAUAAUCGACAACUCCCCAGGAAUACUACACAUCCAGGUCAAGAGGGCGCCGGCAGGCUUCCAGUCCGUGGUGCUAUUGACCCGCGCCCCAUCACCCCGUAUCGACAAAGAGUACCGAGCCACCCUGCGCGCCAUGUCCCCCUCCUCCAGACUGCACCACACAGCCACUGUCAUGGAAGUCCCCCAUGGCAGGUCCUCCCUCCUAUCCCCCAUGGUGCGCAGAUGCCUCACCUCGCCCCCAGGCAGCGAGGCCUACUACGGGGAGACAGACAGUGACGCAGAAGUGGCGGCCAACGAGAGGCAGAGGAGGCAGAAGCACAGAAAUCCCAGCAACUUACCCGGAAAAGCCUUCGGUAGAGCCUCCCCGGAGGGAGGGGAGACCUCAGAGUUUAGCGGCUAUGACAGUGCCCCAGAUGCCCGGGUCUACCCAGGGCUCCUGGGCCACGGGUUACUGGAUGGCAGAGGAGGGGGGGAGGGCCUGCCAGGGGUGGCCCGCAGGGAAGUGAUCUACCAGCCCCCUCCAGGGAUGUGGUCCUCCCAGACCUCCACAGAGACAUCCUCCAUCAUCUCCUCGGUUGAGGACCAGGUCUCAGGGCAGGACAGAGUGAUGGAGGAGGACAGAACCUUCCAGGAGCCAUCCAACGUUGUCCCACUAGUGUCACCCGAGAGGGCAAAGGAAGCCAUGCAGCUGAGCUCCCGUAGGCAGAUGGUGCCCAUGGUGGGGCCUAUAGACACGCCUCUGGACGAGGAGCUCAGUGUCACCUACAUGGACAAGGCCAAGCAAGCCAAACUGAACCGGGGUGACACGGUUCAAGACAAAAAGGUGAAGGAGGCCAGAACCAAGUGCCGCUCUAUCGCCUCCCUUCUGACAGACGCCCCCAACCCCAACUCCAAGGGCGUGCUGAUGUUCAAGAAGCGCAGGCAGCGCUCCAAGAAGUACACGUUGACCAGCUUCGGCAGCGUGGACGAGGACAUGCAGCACAAUUCCCCAGAGGAAGAUGGUCUCUUCCCAGGAAGCGAGUCGGAGUUUGAUGAGGAUGGCUUCUCGGCCGCCCCCGACACCACCUGGGACAGUGACUACCUGGAUGCGCUGGAGAAGAGGGCGACCGCAGGUGGAGAGCGAGGGGAUGGGGCAGAAGAUGCCCCCAGUCCCGGCCUGAGCGACAUCUCUGGGAAGGGCGCCCAGCUGUUUGAGCAGCAGAGGAAGAGGGCGGCCGAGCACGCCAAGAAGGUGGCUGCCGCCCAACCUCAGAUAAGGACCCAAUCACCGAACCAACUACAGAUCCAGGAGCAGCCUCAGCCAUAUGCACAGAGCCAGCCCCAGCCAAAAACACAACCACCGAUGUACCAGCCUCAGCAGCCCAUGGCACCACCGCCCCCUGUAGCCUUCCAGGAGGAGGCUCGGUCUGUGGCAGAGGGGCCUAUGGCACCGGCCCCAGCUGCUCCUACUGCCUACAGCAUGGCUAAUGGAGACGUCGCCUACUCUCCAGUGAGCACGGCUGGCAUGGUGAUGUCACCCUUGACUGUGGCAUCCAACCCAAUCACCACCCAAGUGUCGAUCUUAACCACUCACAUACCUCCACUCCAAACACCGCUGCCAGAACUCUCCUUCAGCUCUGUUCUCAACAGAACAGCCCGCCCCUUCAACCCAGGGUUCGUGACCAACCGAGCCGCCACCGCUCCUGUUGUGUUCCGCCCCGUCAUCACCAAAAGCGCCCCGCGCCCGGCGACCUCUGUGUCUAUUGUAGGACCUCCCUUCUCCACCUCAUCAGAGCCGCCUCCAAGUGGUAAUCCCGCCUUCUUCUCUCCCCCGUCCUCUGUGUGCAGAGGACCCUUCUCCACCUCAACCUCAGCACUGGCGACUCAUCCUCGUCCUGCCUUCUCUGUGGAGAACCUGGCAGAACCACCCAUGCCCUCUGUUCCACAGGCUUCCUUCACAGCCAUACCUCCACCCCCAGCACAAUUCUCAGGUGGCCCCAUACCCCCACCUCCAGGAUCAUUUGCCAAUGUACCCUCAAUUCCACCCUCAUCACCAUUCUCAGGUGCACCCCUACCCCAAGCCCCAGUCUCAGUGGCUCAAUCAGCCCCAGCUCCAGUGUCUUUUGACCCCAUACACCAACCUCAAGUUUCUGUUGCCCAGAUGCCCCAAGCUUCUGUCUCAGUUGUCCCACUCCCAAACCCCACAACUCCAACACCUAUACUCAGAUCCCCCAUAUCCAAGGUCCCACCUGCCCCUGGUGGUCGUACCGGCAUCCUCCUAGAGGCUCGUCGGCGCAGCGGCAGGAGGCCCAUGUUUCGAGUACCUGCUGAGAAGAAGAACUCUCCCAACCCUGACCUGCUGAACAUGGUGCAGAACCUGGAUGAUAGACCCCUCUACAGAAGCUACUCAGAGAGUGUGAUGGGCUUUGAGUCUGGUGCAGAAGAAGACCAGGGUGCUGAAGUCUGCCGGGGAAGGAUGCCUCCACUGGUGGCCCCCAAACCUAGGGUCAUCCACGAGGCCCCUCAGAUCCCCCAGGAAGAAGGCAAGGGGGCUCAGCUGUUUGCCCGCAGGCAGAGCCGCAUGGACCGGUAUGUGGUAGACACUCCACAGGAGACCGCCUACCGGCAGGAGGUCUCCCUCCCAGGGGUCGGGCCCCAGGAUGCUCCCAAUCCCAAUAUCAACUCACAGUGGAAGUUAUCCCCCAACAUCCGCGCUCCCCCGCCUAUCGGCUACAAUCCUCUGCUGGCCCCUUCCUGUCCCGUGGGGCCACAGAGAGAUACCAGCAGGUCUGACAGGGGGGACUGGGGAGGCAAAGGAGGGAUCGCCUUUCAGAGAGAGGGAAUCAAAGCUCUGGAUUUCAUGAGAAGGCAGCCUUACCAGCUCAACUCAGCUAUGUUCGGGGGUAGUGUUGCCAAGCUGUCGGCGAUUCCCUCCUACCAGGACCAGAGGCAGCAGCAGGGAGGGUACACUACUAUGGUGGGCAGCACCAUGACCCCUCCCAGACAGAUCCCAGUCAAAGCGGCCCGUGUGUAUGAGAUCAAGCGCUUCUCCACACCCACGCCCAUGUCAGCCCCGAGCCUGGCCCCUACCGUGAUCGCUCCUCGCUCAGCCACAACGCUGGGAGAACGCCUGACUCGCUCCGAUAUGAUCUCUCCAACCCCUGCUCCUCUCUCCCCACCCCCUGCCCCUUUCUUUGCCCCAGCUCCUGUCUCUGCCUCACCUUCCGUCCUUGCUCCUACCUAUUCAGGGGGCCUGCCUGGACUGCCCAGAAUCAAUGUUACCCCUGUCCGCAACUCCAUCCCCAUCCCAGCACCCUAUCCUGGAGUGUCCUACAGUGGGCUCCAAGGAGCCAAGCAGUUUCAGAGUGCCCCUGAGCUUAGUUUCCUUGCUAACCGUCCCACUCCCCUAAGGGCGAAUGCCAUGCAGGCGCCAAAACCCCGCUUCAUCGCCACCAAGGUGGGCGUCCAGCCGUGUGUGUGGAGACCAGGUGCCAUGUGAUCAAGUGGGAGUGGGAGACCUUGUCUGUCACUAAGAACUGGUCACAUCUCAGCCAUAAAACAAAUAUCUGCAAAACAAUAAAGUAAUAAGGUGGUCAAAUACUGAUCAAUGAGCUUGUUCCGUACCUAACAAAAAUGUUUUUAUGAGUGCCUUGCAAAAGUAUUCACCCCCCCAUUUUUCCUAUUUUGUUGCAUUACAACCUGUAAUUUGAAUUGAUUUUUAUUUGGAUUUUGUAAUGGACAUACACAAAAUGGUCCAAAUUGGUGA